AUGGUCUCCAUCUCCGCCGAGCCGAGUGCAUCACCGAUAUACAAUCCCCCAGCAACACGCUCUUGGACGACAAUCACAUCAAUCAAGACGGAAACAAUUCACCCAACUUUGUUGUUUACUCUCACGGAGUCUGAACUUGUUUCCAGUAUUGUCACGUCCAGUGCGUUUGGGCAAGCAUCGCAAACCUCACUUCCAGCAUUGGAUACCAACCCCGUUGUUGGAACUCCAUCGCCAACCACAAUCAAUACGUCUACAUCAUUCCCGGGAUCAAGUCUUGCUAUGACAUCAACCAUGGAUGCUCCAUUGUCAACGAUGGAGCCAUUUGCCCCGCUAUCAAACUUGAGUGACUUCGCCUCGUGGGAGAAUCUGCCGUCCACCUCGACAAACUUGGGACAGCCCGAGGUCACUACGAGCUCUACGAGUUCAGUGAGCACCUCAACUACCAAAAUUGUCACUUCCUCGACGGUAACAUCAGCCUCGCCAACUAUCUCCCCAUUCGUUGGAACUGUAACGGGCACAAUCUCGGCAGACAAUUCAAAUUCAUCGACCACCGCGCCAUUCAUCGGAACUGUAACGAGCACAAUCUCGGCAGACAAUUCCACCACCUCAUCCAGCUCUACUCCUGUCUCUCACUCCAAGCAUGACAACGCCAUCAAACCCGCGGUCAUAAUUGGCAGCAUCCUAGGCGCGUCAGCUUUCAUCAUGUUCGCGAUGGCAGCCUGGUUCGUCCUCCGUCGCAGACGCCAGAAGAUUAUCAAGGUGCAAAAGAUAAUUGGCGCCCGAAUGGGAGGCGACUCACUCGGUCCACUAGAAGGUUACGAAACCCUCUAUUUCCCCGAGGCACCAGUGCCCGGGGCAGACACCAAGUCCGCUCCAAUCCCAACCCUCCCAGUUAUACCGGAGGAAGUCCACUCAGUGCCUGCCUACUCCAAUGGACCUUUCGUUCUCGCGCACUCAAACCCAGACCUGUCAAUGGACAGUCUGUACCUGCGUAGUGAACGUUCACGACGCGCCUUCUACACUCAAAACACGGUCACCUCAGACCACGAGACUGACCACUCUCCUUCUCUGGCAAAGGAUGUAUCUCCUCGAUCCCAUGUGGUAUCUACAUACUCCCGCUCAUCAUGGGAAGAUGCAAGUGUGAGCAAUCUCGAUUUCUACGGAGAUAGUACCACAGCUCUUCCCCAGGAGCUGGACGGCGUCACUCUCCCACCUUCCAACGCAAAGUGUCUGGAAGCCUGCAUGUCGCGUGAUAGUCUGCGCAGCGACCCGUUCGAUCUCGAGGCUCCAAGUGUCUCGAACCCUCCUGGCAGCCCACCAGUUCCACCUGUUCCUACAGAGUGGGGAACCAAGUUUUAG